GUUCUCUUCUUGGCGGCGGUUUGUUUGGAAGUGUUUUUCGGCUGUGCUGCUGCUGCCACGGAGCCAACGUUUGAAAAUCAAAGUUAAAAACUAUCCCCAAAACUAAAGUAGAUAUCGAUAACUCUCUGAGGAAGAAUGGACGACUCUACGAGACGCUUACUGCAGCGGCUCAUAAGACGGAUACCGGCUCAGAUGUUGAAAACAACGUUGGACAAAUGGGGCCGUUUGACUGCGGCGCAGAAGCAGUCCAUGGAUUUUACUGAACCGAAAUGUGCGUUCACGGAAAGACUGUUGGACAUUUGCGAGGAAAAUGGGUGGACAUGGAAACACAUCACAGAACUCGAGAUGACAUAUGUCAUCGACAAUCCAAACCAGGGAAUGUGGUAUGCCUUCCAGCUCAUGGACCCUGAAGAUGAUGCUCACUCCGUAGAGCUGACACACUUCAAGGAACAAUUUAAAUCUCACCUCAGUGAGCUUGCGAGACCUGUGUCCGUCAAAAUGAAGAAGCACGCAGAUGAAGCCAUAUGGAUUCGGAUCGCAUGGGGGGACAGCUUCUCUCGACCCAACCACCAAAAACCCACAUAUGUUGUUCACCAUCUUCAGACCCCUUAUGUCUUUGUGACCAGCCUAACUUCAAAGCAAAAGCCUCUUUUGUCCCAGGCCUUGGUCCUGUCCACCAGACACCAAGCUAUUAAAGACGCCAGCCUCAGUGGACGGAAACUCGGUGCCAUUAGGGACCUUCUGAUGAGGCAAUAUCAACAGGUGUUUCCCACCAGUUAUCCCAGCCCUCUUGCAGAAAGGAACGAAACUGUCUCAAACCCACAGAUAGAAAAAGAACAAGCUAAGUCUGCAGAAAACAGACUUCAGAUGGCCUGUGAGGCCUUUGGUGAUGGGAUGUUACCUCAACUACAGUCUUCAGUUUAUAAGCUGGAGACGAAGUUCAAAGACCACACCAACAAGACCAUGACAGAGCGGGAGGAGCCCUUCAGAUGUGUUGUCAAGUUUGCAAGCACCAACCUCCUGGAGUCACUCAGACACUGUGCAUCGUCAGGAAUUGCCUCCACACCAGUCACACCUCUGCUAUCAUCUAUUCCCCUAAAAGGAAGGAAUUAUUUUAUCAUCAAAGACAAUGGCCCUGGUCCCUCCUCACAAACACGCCAAACACAGAACUGAUGGGUGACAGACUCUUAAUUUAAAGGACUACCUAUGAUUUGCUUUUAUCAUUCUCAUUGAUUUCCUUGUUAACGUGACUCUUGAAGAUUUACGGCUCCUUGGGUUAAUAUUCCCUUUAUGUGCUUCUAGUUGCAAAUACUGUUUGCAAUAGAUAAUUGUCAUUUUUUUUAAUCUUUUGUUGGUGUAUAAGUGACCAAA